UCGAAAAUGGUUCAGCUGAACCAGUAGACUCGUAGACUCCAGUCUCAUCAAACAUAACAAAACGGACGGCCAGGAAAAGCGGGCGUGAAUACGAGUGUCAGUUCUCACCGCGGCUAUCGUGUUGUAGUACAUCAACGGGUGGCAGUCCACCUGCCCAUGCGGUUCUAAUGUGCUUCCAGUGCAGUUUUUAUUAGAAUCCUGCUUCGAUCACGAUGUUACAUCAUACAUAAACAUUCCGCAAUGAAGAUGUAUUUAUUCCUCGCAAUUCUGAUAUACAAAUGCAGUAAUCAUUUAUCUUGUGCUGAAUAUGAAUUGGCGGAAACGAGUCAAGCAGAGAAUGAUCCUUCCGUCUCUCUGGAUUAUAACCCUGGGAAUGAAGGCGAUUACAGCAACAACAAUGGAGUAGUCUUUGAGUUCCGCCGUAGUAUUAAAAGUGAUAAUACGGAAAUAGAAGCAAGAAGACGCAGUGCUUUGGAUAAGAAUUUUAUGCGAUUCGGGCGUACCGAUCCUACCACCUUACAACGUGUAGCACGUGCUAGUAAACAGGCUAAUUUGAUGCGAUUUGGUCGUGCCGGUCAGGGAUUCAUGCGAUUUGGAAGAAUUCCUACUGAUGUGCCAUAUUCACUCGUGCAUUACGAAGAUUUGAAUGAUCACUUAGACAACGAGAAUGCCGGUGACUCGAGUGAAGAAUCCACGUAUUCUAAACGAACACCUAACUCGGAUGAAAUUACAGAAGUCAGUGAUUCUGGAGAACAAAUCAAACCAAAGCAGUUUGUAUAUUACAGGCGUGAUUCACCGAAAAACUUGAUGAGAUUUGGUAAACGAGCCGAUGCUAACAAGUUUCUUCGAUUAGACCGAGCCAAUCUCAUGCGAUUUGGUCGAGCUGGAGCGAAUCUUCAACGAGGGAAUCUGCUUCGUUUUGGCCGUGCUAGUGGGAACCUUAUGCGUUUUGGCCGAUCGAAAGGUAAUUUGAUGAGAUUUGGCCGAUCGGAUCCACGUUUUUUGCGGCUCAUGAAGAUGGAUAACAAUUUUAUGCGAUUCGGACGGUCGGACAAGACACUGAAAGCAUCCAGUAGAAACGGAACAGGCACGGAGUCUUUACUAACCACAAACGUUGAAAUUAAUCCAUCGGAUAAAAACAACGCCCCUUCCAAAUCUGAUGAAGACUACGAAAUACAUUUACGAGAAGAGGACAUCCUUGCUCCUUUUUACGUUUCUAACAAUUAGUUCUUUGCACACUGAUAGACAAAAUUUAAGCGAACUGAUACCGUUUUCUAUAGCCAGAUUGUUAGUGAUAUUUAAAACGUUCAAUGUAUGCUCUAUUUCAUUGAAGUUGAACCGUUAUGAUAAGGCUGGGAUUAACAAUCUGGCUAUAGCGAAUGAUGGUGAAAUCUUCCUUUAAGCUUCAAGGAUACCAAAUAAACUAGUCAACAAACCAGAUGAAGUGAUUCUUACUAUUUAGCUAUAUUUAUAAAUUUACAGAUUGAUUGUAGUCGUUAUUAUCAUUAUCAUCUCAGUCAUACUGAUUUACUGUAAUAUAAAAUAAAAUUAAA